UGUUUAUAUUGUUACUCUAUAGUUUACAAAUUACAAUCUUCAUAAAGUAUAACAUUUUUCAUUACUUAGUAGUUGGUUGUAAUUUUGAAUUUACUAACUAUAAUGUUAUAAUAGUUCUAAAAAAUUUGGAAGCCCGAUUAUUGAACAAAAUCUUUAAUAAUGGAAAAUUUGUAUCACCAGACAAAUCGGCUCGUAUUAGAAACCCAAGAACUAUUUAACAGGUUGGAGAGCUCCAAGUCUGAAGCUAUCGAAGCUGAAAUUCAAUCGAAAAUAUUAACUAUUUCUAAGAAUUGUGAGCAACUUGUCGUGUUAGUGCACAAAGAACCUGUGUCUAGGCGAAACAAUGCUAAACUUCGUGUCGAUCAACUCAAAUAUGAUUACCAGCACUUGCAGAUAGCACUAAAAACACACCAGCAAAAUGUACUCCGUAGACUGAGAGCUGAACAAGAACGCGAAGAAUUGCUAAACCGUCGAUUCACCAGAAACUCGGACAUAAAUGAUACAACAAUACUCAUCGAUCAUACCAUACAACAUCAAAAUUCAUUACAGGGUGCACAUCGUGGAGUUGACGACUUAUUAGGUUCUGGCGUGAGUAUAUUACAAAGCUUAAGAGAUCAACGUGACCGUUUGACAAGUACACGGAAUCGAUUGUCUGGAAUAUUUGGUAAUCUUAGACUAUCUAAUACAACGAUGAAAUAUAUUGAGAAAAGGCUAAAAGAGGAUCGAUAUAUACUAUACAGCGGAAUGGCUGUUACCAUUCUUAUAAUUAUAAUUGUUAUGAUGUAUUUCAGUUAGUAUUUUGAAUAAUCACUACUUUGUUAUUAUUUAAAAUAUUCAGUAUAAUUUUAUUAUAUAUUGUACACAAUUAUUCUACUAAGCUACACAUAAGAUAUUUCCUAACUAGUCGUUGUCUAUUAUUUUACAUUUUUG